AACAAAAAAAAUAAUAAAAAUUAAAAAAAAAAUACAAAACACCAUCACCAAAAAAAAAAAACAAAAAAAAAAAACAAUGAAUUUCUAGCCAGUAUACAUAUAAUAACCUAAUUUAGCUAUUCCAUUAUAACACCAAAACAUAUAAUAAUAAUUAAGAUCAGAGAAUGUAUAAAUUUAAUCCCAUACAUCAAACCCUUACGUACUUCCCGCAACUGCUAAUCCUAGAAAAGAUACUGUUACAGUCCGUGCAGAUGACUCAUCAGAAACUAUAAGAAUCCAAGCUUAAAGAAUAUCAAGAUUAGAAGAAAGGUGUGAUCUUUUAACAAAAUAAUAUUAAAGAUAUGUAGCCGCUAUAUCUUAUAAAGAUUAAGAAAUAGGUCAUUGGUAGGAACGUUGUAAUAUAUUAUAAGCACAUUUAGAAACUCCAUAUAAAAGAAUAGAAGAAUUAUGAUGGGAAAAAAAUGAAGUAAAAAGAGACUA